GAGAUUUUUAAUUAUGUUUAUAAUAUAAUAUAUAGUAAUAUUUAGGGAAAAAAUAUAAAUAUUCAAAAUUUUGUUAUAUAAAGUAUUUAUAAAAUAUGAUACUACUUCAAAACGCAAGCGAACUGAAAAUUUGUAUCGAAAAAGCUGUCAUCUUUGUACAGUUCCUCUGUGGUGUUGUUACAACACUAACCCUACACGAUGAGUGCAGAUGAAAGGUCUACCUUAUUCCUCGUCUAUGGUAUAGUCAUAUAGGUUAAGGUGAAGAAACUCUACCUUUAAUAUGGAAUUGGAUCUAUUAGUUGAUUUUAUGCCAAUUUUUUCAAUUAUUUUGUUUAUAAUAGUUACUAUCUGCACAGUUCUCUUAAAGCUAAAACUGAGAUGGCCCGUAACGCUAAACUGCUGGUUUUGCAAUAAUAAUAGUAAAAUUUGGCGGCAGCAACUAAAUUGGUGGUUAUGCCCACAUUGUGAACAAUAUAAUGGCUUUUCCAAGAAUGGUGAUUAUGCAUAUAGCAUACCAGAACAAUACAAAACAUCUACAUAUAAUAACAAGAGGUAUUGCUCUAUUGAUCAAAGUACAAAAAUUAAUAAAGUUUCAACAAAUGGACUCUGUAAUCAAUGUACAAAAAAUGAAACCCUAAAAUUAUCAAAAUUGUCAAACUAUGUACCUACAAAUGAUAGGAAUUAUGACCGGGAAGUAAAACAAUUUAAAAAAAGUUUAGAACAGGAAUAUCCACUGUGCACAAAAUGUAAAAGUACAGUAAAUAAUAUAUUAUACAAACAAGCAUUAUGGCUUGCAGAAUAUAAAAUGUUGCUGUUUAAGCAAAAACCUUUUGAUGUAAUUACUAAUAAUGCUAAAUAUUCUGAACCAAUAUUCAGAAUAAUUUCAACAAUUUUUGACUCUAUGGUAGUGUACAACAUGGAUCUCAUAUUCUUGCCAAUCGGAGGAUUAUUUUUUCAAUUCUGUACUUGCUGCGUAGCUUCUGCCAGAAGAAAAAGUUCUGAUAUAUUGCUUAUGUUUUUAUGGAUCUGUAUUAUUAUACUUUUACCUUAUAAAGACUCAAAGAUAAUGAAACUAAAUUUACAUAAUAAAUGGUUUUCUUUCGAAUAUAUAACUCAAUAUCACAUGAUAAUGUUGUUUACUUCAAUUAUAGGCUUUAUUAAUAUUAAGCCUAAAUCACACAAAAGUACAAUGAAUAAAAAUAUGUCAUUCAAAAAACUAGGAUCUUCCUCUAAAAAUACAAUGUUAUCUGGUUCGUACAUGACAACUUCAGAUGAUGAACAUAGUUUUGAUACUAAAAUCACAAGUGAUGUAGGUGAAUCAAUUAGUAAUAAAUUUUCACCGAAUAUAACGAAUGAGUCUAUACCAUUUUAUAUGGGUAAAUCAAUUAAUAAACGUACACUAUUUCAAAUUCCAUUCACAAAUCAAGAAUCACAAUUAACAACAACACCAGUUAAUAAUAACAGCCUAUUAUUUAAUUCUCUGUCUCUGUCUACACAUAAAACCAAUAUGGCUGAAAACUGUUCAUUGAAUGACAGUUUAAGUAUCUUAAGCACAUUAUCUUUGAGUGAAGAUAAAUCGAAGUAUACAAUAAAAAAUAAAGCACCGAAGAUUUUUGAAAGAAAAGUAUAUAGCACAGAAACUUCCAAGCUUUUUAAAAGAUUAAAUGGCACCUUGAGUAAGAAGAAUAGUUUGUCCCCACCUAAAUCAAAGUCAGUUACUCAAGCAACAUGGGUAACUGAUGGAUACUGGCAAGAUGGUAUGGAUCCACCAUCAUUAUCUAGAUCAUCCAGCCCAAGUUCUGGUUUCGGUUCUGUCGGUUCUAAUUUUUAUCCAUCUAGGGAACCAUCCAUACAUGAAUUCGAUCAGUGUUCGAUUAUGUCAGAUUUUAAUCAAUCUUAUCACAUUACAAAACAAACUAAUAUUAGUCCUAAUAGAACCUUCUAUCAAUCAAGUCUGCAGUUCCCAUUUCCAGACUUAAAAAAUUCAGUUAAUAACCAGGCAGCGAAAUUUACAUCAUCUAAUAUGUAUACUCCACAGAAAUUAUUACUAUUUCAGACAGGUCAAAAAAAUGGUUCUGCUUUUAUGGAUCAGUGUUUACAGACACAAACGGUAAAUGAAAAUGAUAUUAAGAAUCCCUCUGAAAUACAAACGCUUCCGUGUCACACAACUGUUGUAACAGUUCCAGUUUGGUUAUCAGUUGUUUUAUGUGGUUCCCUUAUUUUAAAUAUAACAGUUUUCUGGACUACAUUAUUACGUUAACCGGAAUAUAAAUUACAAUUUUUUAUAUGAUUACUUAGUUAUAGUAAAGAUUACUUAGUUACAGAUUACCUAGUUAAUAUUACCAUUUAUAUACAUGAUGUUCUGCAAAGUAUGGUCUGUUGAAGAAGGUGAGAUUCACCAUGAAAAACAGAUGUUUUCCAAAUAUCGAUUUGUUAAUUAAUUAUUGUCUUAAUUAAAGUAAUUAGAUAGAUUACUUUUACUACACAGUAAAGUUUUAUUAAACAGUAAUUAACUUAUGAAACAGAACUUCUUUAACCUGAUGAGUAAUCAGAUGUUAACACUGCCAAUAUAAUAUUUUCUGUUAUCAUAGAUCUCUGUCUGUAUCAUAAGGUAACAUAAGAGUAAUUAAUAAGUUUGUUUUGUAUAUGUCCCUUUUUUCAUCAAUUGGAUUCAGACAAUAAUCUACAUAAAUACUGGCAUGUUACAGUACUGCAAAAUAUUCUAAAUCAUUGAAGUUAAAAUGAAUGAAAACUUUUUCAUAUGUGUUCAUUAGUGAGAUAUGUACCUAAGCCAACAAAUUAAAACAAUGUGAAGUAACAUUCAUUUUAUAAUAAUAACUCUUAUUUAUACGAUUUAACUUCUUCACAAUAUAUUAACAAAUUGAUCAUAGAUAUUGUUAAGGAUACUGUUGUUAUAAUAAGUGUUACUUUUUGUGUAUUUCUUUCUGCGUCUUUUGUUUUUAGAAAGAUGGUUUCCAUAUUAUAAUAUACAUAAUGCGCAUCAGUAGUUUGUUUACAUUAACUUUACAAGUUUCUUUAAUUUUGUUUUUACCCAUUUCCCUUGCCUUCCAGAUAUGAAACAUCCAUUAUGUUUUUUCUACAUAUUUUGCAUUUCUAUUUUUUGUGUGACUUUUAGUUAUUCUUUCAUAUUAAUAUUAUAUUUGUCCAUUCAUACCAGUUUGGAACAAACAUUGUAUUCCUUCCUCUCUCAGUUUCAUUUUUCUCUCUUUAUUUUUCUGUUUUUAACGACUCUUCUUUCAGCUCUGAUCCUUAUUUUAUUUGUUUUUAUCUUUUCUAAGAUUAAACUAGAAUGUUGAAAUCUAGUUUUAAAGUAAACUAGGUUUCAAUUGUAUAUUUGUGCUUCCAUAUAUCAAUUAUUUUUCUCUUAACUAAACAACAAUAAGACUGUACUAAUAAUUUAAAUGCGAC